AUGCGCACUGCUCGACUUGAAGGCGCAGUGCCUUCGUUGCCCUCUAUAGCCACAAUUCGACGCAAUACAUUAAAUAUUCCAACCAUGCAGUCCUUACAGGCUCUAUUCGUCUCGUCAUCGUUGAGGCCGGAUGAUGUCGGAGAUGCAAUACGCAACCUUCGACAUGAAGAGAAACCUUCGCUUGAAGCAAUAAUGCAAUUAACAUGGUACUCCAUAAACGACGUGACAAAAGCAAGGCGUAAGAAGACUGUUUGCGAAGAAAACGCUGAAACAACUCCAGGAGCAAGCGAAGCAAACUGGAACGUACUCCAUGCGGAGAUUGCGCAACGAUGGAUGCUCAAAUUUCAUCAUCGCCGAAAGAAAGUUAACGCUUGGAAAAGCUUUGAAGACAGGGACGCAAAAACAGUAAGUAUAAUCUCCAAAAGUUACAUUUGUCAACAUGCUGGAGGAAAUGGAAAGGGUAUGACUCGCAGGAAGUGA